UCAAUGGGUUUUUCCACUCACUUCCCGGUAAAUAUCGAGUCGGGGUCGACUGGGUGAUUUCUGGGAAUUACGUGGUGUGAGUUGGCUUGAUACAACGAAUAAUAACACAUGACGAUGCCAUAGUAAUAGCUGGCGUCUAAACAUAGCAGCAACUCACGACUCAAUUGGAUGCCGCGGACUUGUGUUUCGUUGUGUUGUGUUGUGUUACACAGUCCUCGUUUGCUAUUACCUCGGAUACACUAACGCGGUGGAGUGGGAUAUUUCUGUCUAGUUCGAACCUGUAAUGUUUUAGCCAGGUUGUGAUACACUGUGGUCAUGGACAUCGUGAACCUGCCGACGUCGAUCUCCCAGGAGGACCUUGACAUGCUGAGGACGUGGGUGACGGAGAAUCCAGCUUUCACUGAAGAUUUUCUCCUCAACGAGGACUCACAGGCGUCUCAUGUCUCAGACGCCGAGGUGCUGUUUGGAACUCUCAACACCAGCAUCGUCAAGUCACCAAGAUGUGAUAACAUAAACAGCCAUGAAGCUGUACGCCUGAGGCGAGAGUCAAGCAUCAUGGGUAGACGUGGAACAGUCAGCGUUUACAACGCCGGAAACACCAAACUUGGCAACCUCGGACCACCGCUUGAUGAACCUUUGACCACCAUCCUAGAUGAUGGUGUUGCUAGAAUUGAUGCAAUGACACUUGACUUGAGUGGUAUGGGUGACCAGGAAGUGCCUCUCCAGCUCACACUCUAUGGAAGCGCUGCUAACAGACUCAAGUGCCAAGACAUACUUCGGGGAGCUGAGAUAGAGUUUGAAAGAACUACUGAGCCGACCCCUGACAUGUCACCUGACAUGUCCCUUGACAGGUCACCGGAGACAACCAGCGACAGGUCACCUCAGAUUGACCUGACCAGGUCACCCCGAGUGUCCCUUGACAGGUCACCAGAGACAGCCACCAGGUUAACUGAGAUUGACCUGACCAGGUCACCUGAGAUCGACCUGACCAGGUCACCUGACAUGUCCUUUGACAAUUCAUUGGAUGCAACCUUUGACAGGCCGCCUGAUUUACUCUUUAAUCGGCCGCCAGAGAUACCGUUUGCCAGACUACAGACUAUUGACAGUUCAUCUCGCCCUUCCCUUGACGUCACGCCCGGACCAAGCUUCACCAGCUUACCACUAUUCCACGACAGGGUACCCGGGACAUCGAUUGACCUGACCGGACCAGACCUGGACAUAUUGCCCGAACCAACUGUACAUAUGCUACCCCCAAGAAUACUUGACCGUUUAGCUCAGAUAGAUUUUUCAAGCUCUCCUGAGGCAGCCUUGGACUCAAUAGCAGCAAUAAACUUUGGUUCAAAUGACCAAACUGAGCCAGUUGAUCUCACAACACAUGACUCAACAACAGAACAGUUGGCAUCCUGGUACACUAAUUUCGAACCCAACCCGCAUAUAGCAGUGGACAGCCAUCGAGAAAUUGUAUCCCAUGAUGAGAUGAACAGUGAUAUCGACCGGGUGUUUGAGACUCUCAAUGAAGGAGAUAAGACUUCAGAACAGGAACCAGCAGAGGCUGUGGGAACGCCCCUGUACCCGCAUCAGAAGCAGGCCCUGUGUUGGAUGAUGAGCAGGGAGAAUGGCGACCACUUGCCACCAUUCUGUGAGGAGAAGACAAGCGGGGAAUACCGCAACACCCUGCUCAACUUUUCAACGACAGAGAGACCACCUAGUAUCAGGGGAGGUAUUCUGGCUGAUGACAUGGGGCUGGGGAAGACGCUGGAGACGAUCGCCCUGAUUUUCACCAACUUUGUCCACAACCAACCUCUGGCUGUUCCUGUGCCAGGCAAACCCAGACGCGGGAAAGAAAAUAAGAUUCCGUCGGAGGACACACCUGAAGGUACAGGCACUGACCCUGAAAACAAGGUGAAGGUCGAAAACAAGGUGAAGGUCGAAAACAACAACGAUGAGAUGUUCCAACGGCUUCAGAAGGUGGAUGAGCUUGUCACAAAGAUGGAAGCGGAGGAACAAUUGUCAACUUCAGGAACUGCUAAUCCUUGCACACCCACCACUGACAUACCACCGCCAACUGAUGAGACUAAAAGUGGUUUAUUAAAGCUACGUCUUCUGAAAGCGGAUAGUUCUAAUAUUGAGAACAAUAAUGCAAGUGAUCCAGGGACGGAAACAGUCGAGCAGCGCGUGCCAGACACGAGCGACAAGGAACAAAAGAGGCCCAUUUUAUCGAUGACAAGCCCAUCAAGGAAAGCCAUUUUGAUAGAUUUCCACGAACAGCCUUCCAAACGAAAGAGGCGAAGUUUAUCUUCCCCAUCGAAAUAUGAAGAGUCAAAAUGGAGAAAACUGCAUCUAGACAGGCCGCCCGCAGAACAGGAAUCCUAUAGCCACCCUAGCUCACAGGACAAGGUUACCGAUGAUUCUGAUAGGAAGACAGGUGAAGACGUCAACAUGGACGACAGUGGCGACUCAGAUACAUGCAUGCAGGACAUCACCGACGAUGUGAGCAAAGUAAAGUCGGAGGACGUUGACACGGAUGUUAAGCAUCCGAUCUGUAGAAGUGAGGCACAUCCGCAAAACACGUGUGAGGAAACACCUCUGACCUUCUCUGAUGAAGAUGAACUUCCGGAUGUCGAGAGUAAGGAGGAAGAGGAGGAAGAGGAGGAGGAAGUCUGUGAUGCAGACUCGGACAUGAAGGACUUCAUGACAGCAAAUCACUGUGACGAACGAGGGCGGACACUCAGUGAAGACUGCGACCCACGCGGUACCUUGAUUAUCUGCCCCUUGAGCGUGAUGAGUAACUGGCAGGGUCAGCUUGAAGAACACGCCCAUCCAAACGUCCACAUUGACGUCCACCUUUACUAUGGCAACCAGCGGUGUAAGGAUGUCAAUCUUCUGAAGCAGAAGGAUGUAGUCAUCACAACGUACGGCAUCCUGCUCAGUGAGUUUAAAGAGUAUCUGACGACUGGGUUGUCCCCGCUGAUGACGAUAGAGUGGCUACGCGUUGUGUUGGACGAAGGUCAUUGCAUCAGGAACCCCAAAGCGAAGCAAACCAAAGCCGUGCUUACCCUUCAGUCACAACGCAAGUGGGUGCUCACAGGUACACCCAUCCAGAACAGGAUGCUGGAUCUGUGGCCGCUCAUCAGUUUCCUAAACGUAACACCUCUCAACGAGAGGCACUGGUGGCAAAGUCUGUUGGAAAAACCGCUGCAACGUGGGAAGAGGAUAGCCUUCAAACGUGUCCAGCACCUGAUGGGUAACAUCGCAAUGCGAAGGACAAAGAACACUCUGGUAGAAGGAGAGCCUCUUGUGAAGCUGCCCAAGAGAGAAGUGUACAUGGAGCGAAUCAAGAUGUCGGACGAGGAGAGCCGGAGGUACAAGUCGAUGGAGGAGCAGGGGAAGGUCCAGAUAAAGAACUAUGUUCGGAACAACAUGCUUUUAAAGAAGUAUAUACUUGUCUUGGAGAUCAUGCUCAGACUACGUCAAAUGUGUUGCCAUAGCUACCUGUUGCCUGCCAAUGGCUAUUGCCUCCCUAGUGAAGACUCGGAUUCUGAAGAAGAAGACAGCGAAAAAAAGCGUGAGAAACUGGUCGACAGACUGAAGGUGAUCAGCGAGUCCGAGGAGGAGUGUUCUGUGUGUGUGGACGUCCUGAAGACGCCAGUGAUACUACCGUGUGCACAUUACUUCUGUCAGACAUGUAUCCUCAACGCCAUCAAACACAUGGAACACUCAGAGAAGGGUUCUGCCACCUGUCCCUUGUGUCGCGCUCCUUUAUCAGAGGACCAGAUAAUAGACCUGCCAAUGCAACCAGAACCUCAGAUCUACGGCGACUGGAAAUCGAGUACAAAGGUGGAUGCCCUGAUGAGUGCCCUAGUGAACCUGAGAAGUGAAGACCCAUCUGAAAAGAGUUUGGUGGUCUCCCAGUUCACCUCUUUCCUGACGCUCAUAGAGACACCACUCAGAGAGCUCAAGUUCAGAUUUGUGAGAUUGGACGGCAAAAUGUCUGCCGCACACCGCAUGGAAGCUGUCAAUAAGUUCUCUGACACUGAGCCGGGAUCUCCCACCAUCUUCCUCAUCUCCCUACGUGCGGGUGGCGUGGGUCUCAACCUGACUGCAGCGUCCAGGGUGUUCCUCAUGGAGCCGCACUGGAACCCCGCCACGGAGGAACAGUGCUUCGACAGAUGCCACCGCCUGGGACAGACCAAAGAUGUCGUGAUCACAAAGUUCAUCUCGGAGGACACUAUUGAGGAUCGUAUGUUGGACCUCCAGGAGAAGAAGAGGAUGCUGAUGCAGCAGUCUUUCAAGAAGAAGCAGACAACCACUGAGAGGAACGAACAGAGGACACGUGAUAUCAGAAACCUGAUGAACAUCUUGUGAUUGCAGCCAGACACUGAUGGACAAACUGCUGUCUCUCCAACCAACUGAAGAUCUUUGUGUGAAUUCUGAACCUCUGACAAUGUUUUGGUUGAAUUCUGAAUUCUGAAUUUGAAUCUUACGACUUAUGUGUUACAUCAACAUAUGUCGUGAUAAAACGCUAAUCAACAUUCCGUAAAGGUCCCUGAUUAUUUUUAUACUGCAUCCUCACAUAAACAUCCCUGUACUCCAUCCUCACAUAAACAUACCUGUUCUGCAUCCUCACAUAAACAUCCCUGUACUGCAUCCGCACAUAAACAUCCCUGUACUGCACCAUCACAUAAACAUCCCUGUUCUGCAUCCUCACAUAAACAUCCCUGUACUGCAUCCGCACAUAAACAUCCCUGUACUGCACCAUCACA